GCCCAUCCAUUACAGAAGGUGUUAAGGUUCAAUGUUUCGAAAAGAGAGAUGGAUCAGCUCACUUUGGGAUUGGCUGAUGCAUAUCAAAAUCUUGAAGAGUGAGAAGCCUGAUGAUUUGAAGCUACAACCUAAAUUUGUAAAAUUGAAUCUAAGCUACCAUCAAGUUAUGCAUCACAUUCUGCUAGCUUAACAAUUGUAUAAAGGCUCCUCUCAAUAAGCUCAAAACAAAUAGCACUAAGUUUACUCAGCGCCUUAGAUGAAUUCUAAAGUCAAGAAGCGAAAUAUGAAAGAGAACUAGACCAAUAUUGUUCCUCUUCUAAAAACCGAACUCUAAGUAAAUCCGUUCUAUCAACCAAGAGAGUGUAAAAUAUUUAGAAUUCAUAGAGAAAUAUCUCCUAAAUCCUUUAAACCCCAUUGGCAUGAGUACCACCAUGAGCUCAGCCAUCUGUAAGACCUCUCAUAUUUCUAUUAUUAACGUAAAAUUAUAUGAACCAGGCCUAUAGAUUCUAACUCUUAGCUUCAAACUCAUUCAUACAUUGAUUCCAUUCCAUAAGAUUCAGAAGAUAAAAUCUAAUUAUUAAAAACAAACAAAAUUCUAACAAACCUCCUGUCUUUAAAAAAAAAAUCAACCCAAUUU